ACACACGCUUACGCUUUGAUUAGACCAAAGGCUCUUGUUCCUUAACGGGGAAAGAACAGAGUACGUCGUGCAACUUGCCGUGUUGCUCUCGAAAACGCCCUUCUGUCUCUCUUCUCUCUCUCUCUCUCUCUCUCUCUCUUGGGUUUGAGCAAGAUGGCAGGGUACAGAGCAGAGGAUGACUACGACUACCUCUUCAAGGUUGUUCUGAUUGGCGACUCUGGCGUGGGCAAGUCCAACCUGCUCUCCAGAUUCACCAGGAACGAGUUCAGCCUCGAGUCGAAGUCCACCAUUGGUGUCGAGUUCGCCACCCGGAGCUUGAACGUCGAUGGCAAGGUCAUCAAGGCCCAGAUUUGGGACACCGCCGGUCAAGAAAGGUACCGUGCCAUCACAAGCGCUUAUUACCGGGGAGCUGUAGGCGCAUUACUUGUGUACGACGUUACUCGUCACUCCACAUUUGAAAAUGUGGAGAGAUGGUUGAGGGAGUUGAGGGAUCACACGGACCCCAACAUUGUGGUCAUGCUCGUCGGUAACAAAUCUGAUCUCCGGCACCUCCUGGCAGUCUCAACAGAGGACGGGAAAUCAUUUGCAGAGAGAGAGGCCCUCUUCUUCAUGGAAACUUCCGCGCUCGAGGCGACCAAUGUGGAGAAUGCUUUCGCCGAAGUCUUGACUCAGAUCUACAACAUUGUGAGCAAGAAGGCCUUGGAAACAAGUGAGCAAGCGAACGGCUCGGCUGUGCCGUCUAAGGGAGAGAAGAUCGAUGUCGGUAAGGAUGUGUCGGCUAUCAAGAGAGGUGGAUGCUGCUCAAGCUAGUCAGAUUCUUGGAACGUUCGAGAGUUUUGGAUUACUGGGCAGUCGCCGUUUUCUUGUCAUCAUAUUUUGCCAUAUAUAUUGCGUGAAAUAUUUUUCAGCGCGAUGCCGGCCGAUCCGGUCUAGAUUGCAGGUACGAAUUUGUAUCAUUUAUGUCAGCGAUUUGUUGUGAUGGGUACAGAGCUUAAUUUAGGAACUGCUUGUUAAUUUUACAUCUAUUGGUUCAUUACUAUGUCGUCUUCUUUGUUUUUUGGACUCAACAUAUUAGGUGCUUGAUGCUAGCACGCACACAUUGUAUUAUUGCCUGACGGAAUCUGUACGUUGAAGGAAUUGUAUUGUAUGCAUUGAGUUUCUUCUCUCUUUCA